AUGACAUGUUUGAUCUUACAAGCAGCUGCCCACUUUUCAAAGAUUGACCUCUGUUCAGGUUACCAUCAACUUAGAAUCAAAGAUGAAGGUAUUUCUAAGACUGCUUUAAGAGCUCGAUACGAGCACAAUGAGUUUCUUGUGAUGCCUUUCGGACUGACCAAUGCUCCCGCGACAUUCAUGGAUUUAAUGAAUAGGGUGUUCAAGCCAUUUCUGGAUAUAUUUGUAACAGUAUUUGUUGAUGAUAUCCUGAUAUAUUCUCGUAGCAAAGAAGAUCAGGAUGAUCAUCUCAGGACUGUUUUGCAGACAUUGUGA